AUGACGUCCCUUCUGGCGUCCGGGAGCUCUGGACUCAGCUUCGGGGCGCUGUCCAAGGUCAUGGUCAAGGUCGCCUUCAAGUACCGCUUCCGGCUUCCCCCCUACUACACGCUCAUCGUCCGGUCCCUGGUCACCCUGGAGGGCAUCGCCCUCAAGGCGGACCCAAAGUUCAAGAUCGUGAGGGCCGCCUUUCCCUUCGCAAUCACAAGACUGCUAUUUGACAAAAGGAAAAGCAGCGCAUCGCUGCUCAGGGAGCUGCUGCUCAAGGGCGACGGAACGUUGGCAUUAGGGUGGCUCAGCGACCUCCUUGAUCUGUGGGAGAGGGAGGCGGGUGGCCCGCAGGUCCCCAAUCCGGGAUUGGCACUCGCGGGCCCCAAGGCACAGCACAGCGGCGCGGAUCGCACCACAGGCCACAUGCCGCGUGCUCCAGAACACGACAGUGUCCAACAGGAGCAGGAGGCGCGAGGCGCACGUUCUUCCAAAGAGGACAGCGAAUCUGCGUCCGCAAGCGGGCAUGAUGCGGCGAACUCCAAUUCAACGGCGGAGUCGGGAUGGGGCGCGCAUGCGGGCCAAGUGCCGUCGCCAAACGGCUGCCAAGGGAGCUGGAGCGGUGCCGACGCGUCGGGCGCGCUUUUGGCCUCGUCCAACGGCGCGCUGGCCGCGGGGGCAGGUUUUGGGUACGCCGGCGAGAACUCGAAUGGCAGCCGCGAAGAGCGCACGCGUCCGUCGGCGGACUUCGGCAGGGUCGCUUCGCACAACGGCGUCGCGUCCCCUGCGACGUCUGCUCCAUCCAGCUCGUCGAACGGCAAGGGCGCGUUGGACCCUGGCCCAGCGGGGCCAACCCCAAGCAGCAUGAACACGGUUGGCAGAUACGAGCACUGGGAAAUGCCGGGAUCGAUCCGGGGCUCUGAGGACGCGCCCGACAUCCCGAGGGGCGCGUCGGCGUUUUCGGAUUUGGUGCUGUCGAGGCGCUCCACGGCGCUGCGGCGGGUGUUGCUCGAGGCCGACUGGCCGGCGCUGCUGAGGCAGCUGCACGAGCCGGAGGCGCGCAGGUGGAGGGGCCUGAUGGCCGGUCUCCUGGCCACCUGGUGCUCCGGCGCGCUUCGGCGGAUUGCCGGGCUGCCCAGGGCGAUGCUGAGCGGCUCCUGGAGGGCCUCUGGCAGGGACUUGGAGAUUGCGACGCGGAGAUCCUACAAAAAACGCGCCAGGCUGCUCCUGGGCGCGGCAUUCUCCAAAAUACACAGGCGAGGCCCUGCGGCCUACUUCCUUCUGGCGCUCCUGUGCUGCAGGGUGGCCCUUCUGGCGGUCAAGACUGCGGUGCUGAAGAGAGUGCGACCUCGGCCAGCCAUGUGA